AUGUCAAGAAAAGAAGAUACCAGGAAGGAAGGUAAAUGUAUGAAAAGAAGAAAAAAUACUGAAGAUCAGUUGGUAGUCAACUUAUCUACAAGAGAGUUCAGCUCCAUUGCAUUACAGGUAUUACAGAAGCAUAUGAGGGAUGGUUGGGAUAUCUUGGGGAAAAACCUUGUAAGAUUUUAUGUAUUUGGGACAGUAGAAACGGUCAUUUUUAGGGUGAAGGAACACAAUGAAAGGAGCCUUAUAGAGAAAAACGCAAGCUUCAUGCUGGUACAGAAAGUGGAUAAUUAUGAUUGGUUUCAGCCUGUUCAAGAACUACAGGAAACAGAUGAAGACAGUGGAAAAGAUCAAGAUAUCUUUGAUAUCAAUGAAGCUUUAGGACUAAACCUGUUUGAAGGUGAUAUCAGACUUGAUAAUGGGAGACCUGAACGAAACUCCAUUAUUGGCAGUCAAUAUCGGUGGCCUCACACCAUUCCAUAUGUUCUAGAAGACAGCCUGGAAAUGAAUGCAAAGGGGCUUAUCCUUAAUGCAUUUGAACAGUAUCGCCUAAAAACCUGCAUUGAUUUCAAACCCUGGGAAGGUGAAGCACAUUACAUAUCGGUUAUCAAAGGCAGCGGCUGCUGGUCCUCUGUAGGAAACCGGGAAAAAGGGAGGCAAGAACUCUCCAUAGGAGCCAACUGUGACAGGAUUGGGACGAUUGAGCAUGAAUUCCUUCAUGCACUGGGAUUCUGGCAUGAGCAGUCACGAUCUGAUCGGGAUGAUUAUGUCACAAUAAUGCGAGACAGAAUUCAAGCUGGAAAAGAAGGAAAUUUCAACAAAUAUGAUGAUAAAACAUCAGACUUCCUCAAUGUCCCAUAUGACUAUAACUCUGUAAUGCACUAUAGUAAAACUGCCUUCAUGAAUGGAACAGAACCAACAAUAGUAACAAAUAUCCCAGCCUUCAUUGAUGUGAUUGGACAGCGAAUGGAUUUCAGUGAAUAUGAUAUCCGGAAGCUGAAUAAACUGUACAACUGCACUUCCUCUUUAAGCUUUAUGGAGACAUGCAGUUUUGAAUCUGAAAAUGUUUGUGGCAUGAUUCAAAGUGCAGAAGAUAAUGCUGACUGGCAGCGCAUAACCCAUGUUUCUAGUGGACCACAAACUGAUCACACCUAUGUUGGAAUCUGCCAAGAGACUGGCUACUUCAUGCAUUUUAACACCAGUGCUGGAACAGUGAUGGACAGAGCUGUUGUAAAGAGCCGGUUUCUAUAUCCCAAGAGAGGAUUCCAGUGUCUACAGUUCUAUUAUUACCACAGUGGAGGUGAAAGUGAUCAGCUGAACAUUUUAGUCAAGGAGUACACCAAAGUAAAUCCCAAUGGUACCUUAAGGCUGGUGAAAACAAUACAAGGUUCACCUGUGGACUACUGGAAGCUUUAUCAUGUUUCUUUGAAUGUUGCAAGUAAAUUCCGACUAGUAUUUGAAGGCAUUAAAGGGUCUGACACAUCCAAUGGAGGUCUUUCAAUUGAUGAUAUCAACCUAUCAGAAACCCAGUGCCCUCACCAUGUUUGGCAUAUAAGAAAUUUCACUCAGCUCUUUUCUUCAAGCCCUACAAGGGAGGCAGCAGGAUUAUAUAGUCCACCAUUUUACUCUCCUAAAGGGUAUGCAUUUCAGAUUGCAUUGUACCUGAAUGGCACCUACAGUCCAUUUAAUUUAGCAAUAUAUUUGCACUUGAUUUCUGGUGCAAAUGAUAAUCUGCUGCAGUGGCCUUGUCCAUGGCAACAAGUUACAAUGGUUCUUCUUGAUCAACAUCCAGACAUCCGUCAACGUAUGUCAAACCAAAGAAGCAUAACAACAGACCCAGACAAAUUAGAAUUCCAAGGUGUUUACUCUUGGGACAGACCAGAUAAAGUAGGAACAGCUUCUAAUUUUACUAAUGGCACUGAGUUCAUGAGAGGUCCUAGAGCUGGAGUAAGUUCCUUUAUAACACAUCAAAGGCUUAAAAGUCGUGACUUUGUUAAAGAUGAUGGCAUUUUCAUUCUUACAACAGUGGAAGAUAUAUCACAUUUAAUAUCAACUGAACCAAAUUUUACAACAACAGCCCCACCUAGUGUGUGUGAAGCUUAUGGCUGUCAAAAUGGUGGAAUCUGCAUUCUUGUUGGGGGAAAGCCAGUUUGCAGAUGCCCUGCAGGUGCGGAUUGGUGGUACAUGGGAGAAAAAUGUGAAAAUAAGGGAUCAGUACAGGACACAGUUGUAAUAGCAGUUGCCUCAUCUCUUUCUGUAUUUGGUGUCAUGUUGAUCGUCACCAUUGUAACUACUAGCUGCGUUAAAAAGAAGUAUCGCAAACAACUGAAUGCCAGGAAUCACAAAAUGCAAGUAUUCUGCCACUGGUGGUGUACACUUUCAAGUGGCUUUGAAAUACUAAACUCUCUUCUUGCUAGAUAUGGUUCUGAGGUGAAGCCUUCCAUCAUCUUUGUAUUCAAUGGUCUACCUGCCUUCAAACAUAUCAUAAUUGUACAAGUAGAGGAACUUUUCUUGAAAGGUGUAGGGGAAGGACCACAGGUAACACCUUUUUUUGAAGAUAGUGAAAGUUUGGAAACUAAAAUGGGUAUCACUUAUGUCACUUGA